CGGCGCAUAGGGCAUCCGUUACGACAGGUCAAUGUGUCCUUCCGUACACGUGUGUUGCGGCGUCCGUGUGCAGUAGCAACAAAAUUUGCCGAGUCGGAAGGGUUCGUCGUGUCCCAAUUUUCCAACAUGCUCAAGUCUGUUGUCCGCACGGUGGGAGCCGCUCUCCGCCUUCCGACGGCUUCCACAUCCACGACACGGGCUUUGCCGCUCAAUUGCCCGACAUUGUGCUCGGCGAACGCGGCUACGGCCAGAACCUUCACCCGUUCCCUCUGGAUGAUGAACGGCAACGGAGCGUCUGGAUACAGGCCCAAACUGUUUACUACAAAAGUGUUGAAUCCUUCGGCGUCGUGUGGAUGCGGUGCAAUGCACACAGAGGGUGACAAGGCAUUUGGGGAAUUCCUAUUUGAUGAAAUUAAAGAGGAGAAAAAGAUUCAGAAAAGCGGAACUCUACCCAAGAUAUCCGGAGGUUGGGAACUGUCGAUGGACGGUACCGAGGCUCUACUUACAAAACGCGUUGCUGGAGAAAAAAUCACUGUCACGUUCAAUGUCAAUAACAGCAUUCUUCCAAAUUUUGCGGAGGAGGCAGAUCAAGGAGAGCAAAAAUCAGGGGAAGAGCCUGAAAUUUUGUCCACGCCUAACUUUGUUGUUGAAGUUACGAAAGAGGCUGUAAAGGAAACACUGGUGAUUGACUGCCAAUUCCUUCAAGAUGAGCUGGCACAUGGCGAAGAGGAGGAGAGCGACAUUUUCGGCAUCUUUGAGGUUAGCUUCCAGCCAGAAGGGGAUACAGAGUGGAAAGAAACCAGCUACACACUCACAAAAGACUCUUUGAAUGACUCCCUCUAUGAUCACAUGAUGGACUUUCUGGCCGACCGGGGUGUUGACAACACCUUUGCUGAUGAACUUAUGGAGCUGAGCACUGCCAUCGAGCAUCAACAGUACAUCAAGUUUCUGGAAGAACUCAAAACCUUUGUGAAAUGUAACUAAUCUUAUUUAUAGAGUCGUGGUGUCCAUUUUGUCCGGUCCCACAUCCACUUGCAACUAACGCAAAUAUUAAUAGUACUUAAGGAUCAAAAGGAAUGUGAGUUAGGUGUAUCGUUAAGACUACAGACAUGUUCCGGAGGUUAAUUAUAUCUAUUGUUUUUGUAGGUCAAAAUGCAAUUAAAAAGUUUUCCAACAUC